AUGACCGCUGAGGAUACAAUUUCUUUACGUACUUUGGAGUUUGAAUUAUCAGAAUAUUUGGACAAGAACAGCAGUGCCGCCUACCAUGAACUAUACCCGGGUGUUGAAACGAUUGACUACGACUUUGUAGCGGAAAGAAAGAAUUUAUUCUCUACUAAUCUCAUUGAAUCGACUGCCCAUUUUAUAAAAGGCUGCCUCGGCGCUGGUAUAUUAGGGAUACACGAAGCUUAUAUGUAUGGAGGAAUUUGGACUUCAUUACUAGUUACUAUUAUUUUUGGAUUCCUUAUUUCACAUUGUAUGUCAAUGUUAGUGAAAUGCGCUCAAACGAUGUACAUACGACUGCGCAUACCAAGACUCUCGUAUCCUGAUUUAGCUGAAGUGGCAUUAGCAACGGGUCCGUCAAAAUUACGACGAUUUAGUAGAGCUUUUAGAUAUACCGUUGAUAUAUUUUUAUUUUUAGAUUUCAAUGGAGCGUGUUGUAUUUUUGAAAUAAUUAUAGCGAAGACAUUAAAAGAGGUGCUAGAAGCGACAUCGAGCUGGCGCACUUCAAUCACCAUUUACAUUUUGAUAGUAACCGUUCCAUUGAUAGCGAUAUGCUUGAUACGCAGUUUGAAAUAUUUGGCGCCAUUUUCUCUUGUAGCUGAUCUUUUUAUGGCAAUAUGCGUUCUAACUACUAUGUACUACAGUCUGGCCAAGGCAUCUGAUAUAAAGGAUCGUCCUGCGUGGAAAAGUAUACAUGGCUUUUUUAAUAUGCUCGGAGUUUGUAUAUACAGCGUCAAUGGUAUCGGUGUAGCGCUACCAAUUGAAAAUAACAUGAGGAAGCCGCAAUAUUUUAACAUCGUGUUGCAAUGUGGUAUGCCCGUCGUUGUAUCUUUCGUAACGAUAGUAGGAUUCUUCGGAUAUUGGGCAUGGGGUGAAAACUGUCGGUCACCGUUCACCAUAAACAUGCCAUCAUAUUUGUCUCUUCUUAUAAUGCAAGGACUGUUGACAAUUGCUUUAGGAGUAACAUUUGCUGUGCACUUUUGGGUGCCCUUUAGGAUUAUUUGGCAUUACGUUGGAAAAAGACAUGACAGAUAUCGUGGUCUUUGGGAACGUCUGUACAGAACUUUAUACGUCUUGCUAAUCGCGUGUCUGUCCAUAGCUUUACCUAACAUUGUUACUUGGAUGAGUUUUGUAAGAAAGCUUACAAAUGCUACUUUUCUUUCUUUUGAUAUAAAUACAGAACUUUAUUGGGAUGAAUAG